AAAAAUAUAAAGUGGAGUUAAAAAUGUUCUGAAAAAUGAUUGGUCUCUAAUAUCAAAUUGGAUUAGAUGGACUUUAAACAUAAAACUCACUAAUAAUAAAUUGAUUAUUUUUUAUAUAUUAUUUAAUAUUUCUUUUAAUGUGAGAUACGUUCCUAAUACUUUAAACAAUCUACAAACUCAUCUGAUUUAGUCCGGUUAAAAUUCAGAUAAAUUUGAUGAAAUUCGUUUAUUUUGUUAGUUCGAUUUAAAAUUGUAAAAUAUAAAUUUGGUUCAGUUUGGUAUAAAUCGAUAUACGACUUACUUAGGAAUCUCUGAUGAAAAAAUAAACUAAACAAAUAUCGAAUGGAACAAAAUUGAACUGAACUGAUUAUCAAAUUUUCUUUUACUUACUGAACUAAACCAAGUUAUGAACCUGAACCGAAAAUCAAAAAUUGUUUCGAUUAAUCUUCGCAGGCCUAGGUGAACCAUUAGCUAUCGGACAACAAUGUAUAGGCAAGACCUUACUGGGCCAAAUAUAAGGCUCACUAACAAUGGUUUUAUCUGCUUUUUGAAAUUAUAAUUCUUCGAGAUUCUCAACAGCAACCGCUUUAGACAGAGAGAGAGAGAGAUAUGGGAGAAAGAUUCUUCCCAAAUGAGAUACCUGAGUUUCUACCGGAAGACGCCGGCGAAGAGGAAACCGUCUCCACUCAUAAAGAUUCGCUGACGAAACUGCUCUCACUCCCGUACAGAUCAUUCUCCAAGAAGCUCCAGAGAUAUGCGUUAAGCCUCAAAGAUACAAUAGUGUUUGAGACAUGGGACCGAUCUGGAAAACGUGUUCGAGACUUUAACCUCUACACUGGUGUACUCGGGACAGCUUAUCUCUUGUUCCAAUCCUAUCAGGUCGCAAGAAAUGAAAACGAUCUUAAGCUAUGCUUAGAGAUUGUUGAGGCGUGUUACACAGCUUCAAAAGAUUCCGACCGUGUGACUUUCAUAUGUGGCCGUGCGGGUGUAUGUGCUCUUGGUGCCGUUGCUGCAAAGCUUACUGGUGAUAGCCAGUUACAGGAUCGUUACUUAGCCCGUUUCCAUGAGAUUAGGCUUCCCGGUGAUUUGCCAUACGAGCUGUUGUAUGGUAGAGCAGGAUACUUGUGGGCAUGCUUGUUCUUGAAUAAGCAUAUCGGGAAAGACAGUGUAUCAUCUGCAAGAAUGAGAUCUGUGGUUGAGGAGAUCUUCAGGGCAGGAAGGCAACUGGGUGAAAGAGUGAAGUGUCCAUUGAUGUUUGAGUGGCAUGGGAAGAAGUAUUGGGGAGCUGCUCACGGUUUAGCUGGGAUCAUGCAUGUCCUCAUGCAUGUAGAACUUGAACCGGAUGAGAUGGAAGAUGUUAAAGGUACACUAAGUUACAUGAUUCAACACCGUUUCCCAAGUGGAAACUACUUAUCUAGCGAAGGAAGUGAAUCAGAUCGUCUAGUUCACUGGUGUCAUGGUGCUCCUGGUGUUGCUCUCGCACUUGUAAAGGCAGCUCAGGUUUUUAGGAAAGAUGAGUUUGUAGAGGCAGCGAUGGAAGCAGGAGAAGUGCUGUGGAACCGUGGAUUGCUUAAGGUAGGGAUCUGUCACGGCAUAAGUGGAAACACCUAUGUGUUUCUUUCUCUGUACCGGUUAACAGGAAAGCCAGAGUACUUGUACAGAGCUAAGGCUUUCGCAUCUUUCCUACUAGAUAAGUCAGAGAAGCUCAUCUCAGAAGGUAAAAUGCAUGGAGGAGAUAGACCAUUCUCUCUCUUUGAAGGUAUAGGAGGAAUGGCCUACAUGUUUCUCGACAUGAAUGAACCAACUCAAGCUCUGUUUCCAGGUUAUGAGCUCUAAAAAUAAAGCAACAAACUUCGAUACUUAAUGUAGAAUAGAUGUCUAUGUUAUAUAAGUAUUUAUACAUCAUCAAACACAAAAAACCAAAAGCUUAAUAAAUGAAAACACCAUCAAAUCUUGAA